AUGAGAUUUAAAUCUACUGGGAUGAUAAUGGUCCAAAUCAUGAUUCGAAACCAAACUGGCUUGCGAUCUGCCGGCCAGGCAAGAAUCACCAAGGCCAAGGUUGACAGGGAAGGGGGGGCGCGGGACGCUGCCGCGGGCUUAACGCUCCGCUCGAACCCGCACAGACCAUUCUGCACCUCGCAGUCGACUCUGACGGUUGUACAAGCGCAAGCCGCAGCAAUGGUGGACGCCGCAACCAUCGAGAAGUUGGAGGCUGGUUUCAGCAAGCUCCAGGCCUCUGACUCCAAGUCACUGCUGAAGAAGUACCUUACCAAGGAGGUAUUCGACGCUCUUAAGAACAAGAAGACCUCCUUCGGCUCAACUCUGCUGGAUUGCAUCCAGUCUGGUGUUGAAAACUUGGACUCUGGUGUCGGAAUCUACGCCCCUGACGCUGAGGCGUACACAGUGUUCGCUGACCUGUUCGACCCCAUCAUCGAGGAUUACCACAAUGGCUUCAAGAAAACCGACAAGCAUCCUCCCAAGAACUGGGGUGAUGUCGAGACCCUUGGCAACUUGGACCCUGCUGGCGAGUUCGUUGUCUCAACCCGUGUGCGCUGUGGUCGCUCCAUGGAGGGCUACCCCUUCAACCCUUGCUUGACCGAGGCCCAGUACAAGGAGAUGGAAGAGAAGGUCGCCAGCACUCUCUCUGGACUUGAGGGAGAACUCAAGGGCACAUUCUACCCCUUGACUGGUAUGUCCAAGGAGACCCAGCAACAACUCAUUGAUGACCACUUCCUGUUCAAGGAGGGUGACCGUUUCCUCCAGGCUGCCAACGCUUGCCGCUUCUGGCCCUCUGGCCGUGGUAUCUACCACAAUGAGAACAAGACCUUCUUGGUAUGGUGCAAUGAAGAGGACCAUCUCCGUCUUAUCUCCAUGCAGAUGGGUGGUGACCUGAAGCAGGUGUACAAGAGGCUGGUGACCGCUGUCAACGACAUUGAGAAGCGCAUUCCUUUCUCCCACGAUGACAGGCUUGGUUUCCUCACUUUCUGCCCCACCAACCUGGGAACAACUGUGCGUGCCUCAGUGCACAUCAAGCUGCCCAAGCUGGCCGCCGACAAGGCGAAGCUGGAGGAGAUCGCGUCCAAGUACCACUUGCAGGUGCGCGGUACCCGCGGCGAGCACACCGAGGCUGAGGGCGGAGUCUACGACAUCUCCAACAAGAGGCGUAUGGGACUCACCGAGUACGACGCUGUCAAGGAGAUGUACGAUGGCAUCGCUGAACUGAUCAAAAUUGAGAAGUCGCUGUAA